AUGGCUCAAGGUCCGGUCAUCGUUUUGACAGGAACACCUGGAACUGGCAAAUCUACCCACGCAGAGCUUCUUGUGAAUGAAUCUCCUUUACCAUUGAGAGCUAUCAACGUCAGCGAAUGGGUAAAAGAAAAAGGAUUAUAUGAGAAGUACGACGAAGAAUGGCAAUCCUACACCGUUGACGAAGAUAGGCUUUUAGAUGAACUCGAGCCAAUCGUCGCAGAAGGCGGCAUAAUCCUUGAUUGGCAUUCUUGCGAAGUAUUCCCCGAACGCUGGCCUGAUCUUGUUGUCGUCUUGCGCUGUGACCAUUCAAAAUUGUGGGAAAGGCUAGAAAAAAGAGGGUAUCCUCUUAAAAAAAUCCAAGAAAACAACGAGGCCGAAAUAAUGCAAGUGGUAUUAGAGGAAGCACGAUCUUCUUAUCCCUCACAAAUUGUCAUCGAGCUGCAAAGCGAGACCAUGGAGCAUUUAGAAACGAACGUGGCUAGAAUAGUGGAGUGGAUUAAACAGUGGUCUGCGAACCAGGAAGAUAGUUAG